GGAUAUCCUUACUGCCCGCGGUACCCUCAAAAGACCGAUUGUCAAGGUCGUUCUCCUGCCAGUAGAACCCCGUAGUUCCAUCCAACAAUAACUUCCAUCCUCAUCCAGACAUGGCCCCACGGAUCCGCGCCAGCCGCACCACGGAGAGCCGGCGUGAUCGAGGGAUCAACUCGUACCGUUGCCGGGUCUGCCGAGGAAUUCAUCCGCUACGGACCUGUCACCAUUUCCUUCGCCUGAGCCCUGAGAAGAGACUCCGAGCUGUCCUCAUUAACAAAUAUUGCGGAAAUUGCCUGGCCCACCAACACUCCGGCCAGGAUUGUCGCAGUGGCGGGCUGUGCCGGGUGUGUGGCAAAAACCACCACACUCUACUCCACAUACCGUCGUCUCGUCGUCCAGUCCGCUCGGCCUCAGGAGCAUCGUCGCCAUCUACAGCGCCCCACGUCAAACGCCGACCUCGGCGUCCAGCCCGCUCAGCCUCGGCUGCAUCGUCGCCAUCCACGUCGGCCCACGCCGACCGCCGCCCGCGUCUCCCCGUGAGCCGCCCCGUGCCAGGGCCCCCGGCACCAUCCGUCGACUCACUUCUACAACAUCGCAGCCUCAUCAUACUCCCGACGGCGCUGGUGGUCUUGGAUACGGGUUCCAAAAACUUCGAGACGGCGGCGCUCAUCGACCCAUGCACGCCGGUGAGCUGUAUUGACGACUCCUUGGCCAGCGCCUUCAAGUUGCCCACCACUUGUGUGGGGGACGAGAAAGUGUGUACGGCGGUGAUCCGCGCCAAAAUGGGCGACUUCCAGUUGGAGACGAUGCUCAAGGUCGAGCCCCGUGUGCGCAUCCGCACGCCUAUCCGACAGCUGAGCGAUUCCGUGCGGGCGCGUUUCGAUGACCUGAGGCUUGCCGAUGAACAAUUCCAUCGACCGGCGACAAUCUCGCUCAUCUUGGGAGCAGAUGUCUACCCGAAGGUGAUCCAGCCCGGGUUCCUUGCGCGUGAGGACGGCCUGCCGGUGGCCCAGAGCACCGUUUUUGGAUGGAUCGUGUCGGGGGCGUGCACCCAGCCAUAGGCCACCCCAUUAUA